AGCAUAUAAUAACACAUGUAGGAUUACUGCACGUAUUCUAUUAUUUUUUGUGACGUUAGUUUUGGGGUCAUUAGGUAGGAGAGCGACCUGGCAAGAGAGCUUCUCCCCCAGCAGCGUGUUUACUUUCACUUUUAAUCAGCCCGCCUCUUUUUGUCUUCACUUCCUCGCAUGACCGAAGUCAACCAAAUUGGUGCGGAAGUCUUUUUUUUUUUUAACUUCACGCCGAUCGUUGUGUUGUUGUCACGUCAUUUGUGGAAUUCUGGACUUUUACGACCAACUCCGGGCAUGGCGCAUCAAGCCAAGGUGGAGGAUGUGUUUUUGUGCCCCAGGACACUGAUGGGCACCAUGGAUUGUCAGAGGGACACAUUGGAGAGGAUAUUCCAGGUGUCGUUAGUCAUCGACACCCACGACCUGCCGCAGUUCUCGCCCGGGUCUAUGUUUUUGCAGCUACAAGGGGAGAUCCGUGAUGUUAAAGCUGCAAAGUUAUUUGUGAGAGGACUUAUCAACCAGGAGGAUCAGCAGGAGUUGUCCUAUCCUGUAGUGCUGAACUGCAUCUUCUGCGGGGCCAGAGGCCUCUUUUUAGACUGCAUCAUUAAGAGCACCUCAGCACACAUUGUGGUGGGCUCCCCAGGCUCCCUGCUCAUAUCCGGUCUUGCUGUUCCUGUGGUGCAAGCGUACUCCCUCAUUACAGACUUGAUUGAGAGAUAUAAUGGCAUGCAGGUUGGACGCUUGGAGACUGAAGACAAGACUUCAGAUGAGUUGUGUUUUUCCCGCCGGGUCUUUAAGGCUCUGGUGGAAAAAUGUGAGGACCGACAUAUCCUGGAUCUCCUGGUGCUGCCUGGGUCUGUAAAGGAAGCCCUACUGGACUUAGUGAACGAGGCAGGACUUGGGGCAAACAAGAUGCUAGAUGUUCAAGCUGAAUGUUCAGCAUUGCAUGAGGUCAGCCUUCCUGGGGUGACUUCUGGUGCUCUAAGUGCUCCUAAGAAAAACCAAGUUGAAAGUCCAGAAAAGGUGGAAGAACUGUUGCAGGGGGAACAGAUGGAAACAUCAGGGAGUGGGGACAAGGAGAGUGUGCAGAUGCCACCAGAGGCAAAGCAAGGAAUGCUGAAGUUCUUCACAGCCAUGGGUUUCAAGGAAGAAAUAGUGAAACGAGUCCUGAGCACAGUAGGGCCCACAGAGGCCGUUGAGAUACUGGACCUGGUUCAGCAAGAGCAUGAUUGUGGGGACAAGGAGAGUGUGCAGAUGCCAUCAGAGGCAAACAAGGAAUUCAUGCUCAUGUUGAAGUUCUUCACAGCCAUGGGUUUCAAGGAAGAAAUAGUGAAACGAGUCCUGAGCCCAGUAGGGCCCACAGAGGCCUUUGAGAUACUGGACCUGGUUCAGCAAGAGCAUGAUUGUGGGGACAAGGAGAGUGUACAGAUGCCACCAGAGGCAAACAAGGAAUCCAUGCUCAGGUUGAAGUUCUUCACAGCCAUGGGUUUCAAGGAAGAAAUAGUGAAACGAGUCCUGAGCCAAGUAGGGCCCACAGAGGCCGUUGAGAUACUGGACCUGGUUCAGCAAGAGCAUGAUUGUGGGGACUUUGAUAGUCAGAGCCAAAAGAACUCGCCUUGUGAGACGGAAGAUGAGACUGCAGGAGGUGAAGGAGGCAGAAAUGUGUCAAAAGAAGUCGGUGAACAUCAGAAAGAUGGGGACUUUGUGUCAGAGGUGGUAAAGAAAGCCGCUGUGAGCUGUGGCUACAAGGAGCAUGAGGUGACCAAGGUUUACAACAAGUUACCCAACGGAUCCACUGGCCAGUUUCUCCUGGAGCUGCAGAAGGAGGGUGGCAGCAAGAAGAAAACAUCCAGGAAGGUAGAAAUAGGACUAGACAUCUCAGUAAAGGAUGAGAAUGAGAAAGCUGCAAUGACGAAGCAUGAUGGGCCCGUGCAAAAUAAGGACGGAAAUGUUUCACAAAAAGAAAAACUAACCGGAUAUCCUGAUUGGUUCUGUUCUGAGAAAGUCACACCACACCCCGAUUCUGUCAAAGGACCACCCAUGCCAAUGUAUGCCUCGUCUUCUGAUCUCCCUCUCCAAAAUGUCAAAGGACAAAUGUCCCCAUCCCCGAGGUGCCCAAAGAAAGCACCCCCCGCUGAGCGAUCUCUCAAAAGAUUCAAGGAACGCCGCGGUUUGGCCUCUGCUUCUUCAGUAGUGGUGACAGGGGAGCAGCGUUUCCUUGAGGGUCUGCAGACACCCUUUGGCCUCCAGUUAAUAGACAAGCCAGGGAAUCCCAAGCUAAGGACUAUCGUCAUAGAUGGGAGUAACGUGGCAAUGAGUCACGGGCUGGGACAAUUCUUCUCAUGUCGAGGUAUUGCUCUGGCUGUUCAGCACUUUUGGGACCGUGGUCAUCGUCACAUUAGCGCCUUGGUGCCCCAGUGGAGGCAAAAGAAUGACCCUCGCAUCAGAGAGCAGCACUAUCUGAGUGAGCUGCAUAAACUUGGCCUUCUGUCUUACACUCCUUCCAGGGUGGUCGAGGGGAAGAGGAUUUGCUCGUAUGAUGACAGACAAAUGCUGCAACUUGCACAGAAGACUGAUGGAGUGAUCGUGACUAAUGACAAUCUUAGGGACCUCUUGGAUGAGUCGCUUGUGUGGAGGGACAUCAUCAAAAAGAGACUGCUCCAGUAUACGUUUGUUGGCGAUCACUUUAUGGUUCCAGAUGACCCGCUUGGAAAAGGAGGGCCUCAUUUGGAUGACUUCCUCUCUGCAGAGCACAGGACACCCGAUCCUGGAAACAACUCGUUUGCUGGUGUCGCCACCAAUGCCCCCCUUUUGAUUCCUCCACAUUUACAAACCGAAGUCUUUGACUUCCGAGAGCGAACAGCGGGCGGAACAAUGGGUGCAGCUGGUGGAGAGAGCCGGGGCGGGGUGGCAUGGGAAGUGGAGCCCCAGCACAGAACACCAGAGGACACUGCGAGCUUGAGGGAGCAACUCUCUCAAGUCUUUACGGGUCAGAGCGACAUUGUAACGCUGGUGCUGAAUCUUUGCCCAGCAGAGACUGACAUUAAUGUGCUUUCAGAGUUUCUUUUAGAACUUUAGGAAGACUAUCAAUGUUUAUUUUUGUGCCUGCUUUUAUCAGACUUAUUUUGAACACAGCCACAUUCCAUAUGCAGACCUGCUGUCCGCCAUGAUGAGCACCAGAGCUUGCACCGGGUGUUCAUUUAUGUCACUCACAAAGAAUAACUUAUUACAAAAGGACAAUCCUGUUGUUCCACUUUCAGUUCCUGUAAAAAAGAGAAGCAUUUUCUUCAUUUCCAGCAAUGUAGUUAAGCUAAUAUCAACACUAUUUGUCUGACUUAUUUUCUAAGACGAACACUUUGUGGAAUAUCAUGGAAAAGGUUCAAAGAAGCCGAUCAUCAGUGUUAAUCACACAAUGUUGUACUUUACAGCUUGCUCCAUCUGACCGGUUGGGUGACUUUUGUACGGAACUGCAGUUAUUUAAAGGACAUCCUCUGACAGAAUGGUUGAUUCGUUUACAUGCUAAAUUGUGCUUCAAGGUGUAUUUUUAAAUGUGUACAGUUUAUUGAUUAUUAAAUAUAUAUGUAUAUACAGUAUAUUGCAUAUAGUGACCCAGUUCACUAGAGUGCUGAAACAAAAGUGACUUUUCUGUUCUUGAUUUAAAGUGCCAUAUGGUGGCUACAGGGUGUGUAGUGCUGGUGCCUCACAAAAAGAAGGUCCUGCAGAUCCCCGAGCUCAGGGUCUUUCCGUGUGGAGUUUGCAUGUUCUCCCCAUUACUCCAGCUUCCUCCCCCCUCCAAAGACAUGCACCUGGGGAUAGGUACAUUGGCAAAAACAAAAUUGGCCCUAGUGUGUGUAUGUGAGUGUGAAAGUUGUCUGUCUGUGGCCCUUUCUGCCCGAGUGCAGCUGGUACUCCGAAAGGAGUAAUAGAAAAUGGAUGGAUGGUGUGAAUAGUAAUGUUUUGUCCAUGUUGUAAAAAUGUUUUGACUUUGGAGCAAAACACCCUCUGACCAGAUAUUCUGUUUUCAUUUGAAGACUUCUUUAAAUAAAAACAAUAUUGAUGCGUACUCCUACGGAGCUCCUAAAGGGAUAUGGGGGAAUUAUUUUUUAAAAAUAAUUUUAUUUAUUUUAUUUUUUUUUUAGAUAUGUAUCUUGUGCGCACGUGAAACUAUCUUAUCUAAGUUUCUCGUGCUCAAAAGAUUGUUUCUCGUGCGCACCAGAUAGUUUCUCGUGCGCACCAGAAAGCAUUGGAUGCGUGCAGAUGGUUUGAGGUGUGUGCGAAAAUGCCAGUUCAGGAGUAAAUUGGGCUGUAUUUCCAACUAGGACUUUCCCCCAUGUGUGUUGUGGCAAAAUGUGAAUGCCUGCCAAAAAUGUAUUUCCUUCGCGGGGGCACGCAGCGCUCGCUGAACCUACAUUUUUGUCUUGGUGUGUCCACAGCGGAUUACUAGGUGUGAGGCAAACACUUUAUCUUCCUGGUUAUUGAAACGCUACGUGUUUGACAUUAUUUAAGACUUUAUCGUGCCCGGAAGAGGACAGUUUUCCUCUUCUGUGGCAUUAAUGUGAUUUAAAGGACGGUUAGUCCGAUUUUGAUGUGCUAAAACGUAUUUCUUGUUUGGAAGA